AUGUGUAUGUCAAACCUAAUCCUCCAUCACCGCGUCAGCUCUGGCCUCCAUCGCCGACUCUGCACCGAUGGCCAAGAAAAAGCGACUCCCUUUGAAACCUUCUCCUCCGAAGCUUUCUCACCCUCCCUUCUUAAAACAACUCUUACUCCUCAAAUCACCUGUUCUAAUACAACGGCUCCAUGCUUUUCUGAGCGAUCACCUCCCAUCUCUCCGGUGGCGUCUCUGUCAAAGAACCACUCUUCUCCUCCUCUUGGCUCAAGCUCGCAGAAGGCCGGCUUUAGGAGAGAUGAUCUCCACGACCAUCUGGUGCCAUCGGAGCUUCUUCUUCCACCAGGACCUCCAAAUUCGUCGUCGUUCCCGGUUUAA